GAUGUAAAUGUACCUUAAGGGUAAGGGAAUUUUCUUUGCAAACAAAUUGGAAAAUACCAAAUGUACAAUGGAGAUUGAAAAUUUCUACAAACAUGUAUAAUAACAAAAUACUAAUAAUUAUUUAACCUUGACACAAUUGGAACUUAUGGGUUCCUUUAUAGAUUUAAAUAAGUGCCAGAUAUGAAUAAUUAUUACAAUUCGCGAAAGCCAUAAAAUAUAGAAGAAAAAAAAAAAAAAAAAGAUGAGCAAUUAUGUUGGUGAUAUUGUAAUAUGCAUUCUGAUACUUCUCUCAGUAAGUUUAAUUUAUGGAUCAACACAAGUAGUCAAAUUGUUCUUAGGAACUGGAGAGGAAAUUCUCAGCUCAUCUUCAAAUUAUAAUUGGAUAAUUCGUCUUACUUUAAAUAUAUUAGGUUAUUGCACAGUAUUAUUGCCGGGAUUUCUUAUUCAUAAAUAUGUUAAUCACACCAAGUAUCUUCAAAGAGAAGGUAAAAGAUGUUUACCAAAAUUGUUGCAUUCUUGUUUUAUUGGUACUGGUCAGUCCGGUGGUCUUUUAGACUCAACGCAUUUUACAUCGUCAACAUAUAAUAAUUCUCAUCAACAAACAUUUAUUCAAGAAAUUUUAUUACUUUUAUAUUGUUUUUUGGGACUUCAAUUUAGUUAUUUGACAUGGGGAUAUUUACAAGAGAAAAUCAUGACACAAGAGUAUAUAGAUGAUUAUGGCAAUAAAAGUCAUUUUCGAGAUUCACAAUUUUUAGUUUUUGUCAAUAGAAUAUUGGCAUUUUUAAUGUCGGGUCUUUAUUUAAUGGCUCAAAGACAACCACAUCAUACAACGCCAUUAUAUAAAUAUGUAUUUUGUUCUUUAUCAAAUGUUUUAAGUAGUUGGUGUCAAUAUGAAGCUCUUAAAUUCGUCAGUUUUCCAUCUCAGGUUUUGGCAAAAGCUUCAAAAAUUAUACCCGUCAUGAUAAUGGGUAAAAUUAUUUCACGUAAUUCAUACGAUUAUUAUGAAUACGUGACUGCAUUUUUUAUUUCAAUUGGCAUGACAAUGUUCAUGUUAGGAAGUACUGAUCCAAAAACAGAUGAAGUAACGACAUUUUUUGGUGUUUUACUUCUUGUUGGUUACAUGAUUCUUGACAGUUUCACAAGUAAUUGGCAAAAUGCAUUAUUCAAUGAAUAUGGAAUGACAAGUGUACAAAUGAUGUGUGCAGUUAAUAUGUUUUCAUGUCUUUUAACAUCAACAUCACUUAUUCAACAAUCGACUUUAACUUAUUCUUUAACAUUUAUGACCAAGCAUCCACGAUUCAUUGUCGAUUGUUUAUUAAUUUCAAUUUGCUCAGCUAGUGGACAAUUGUAUAUUUAUUAUACAAUUUCAAAAUUCGGUGCUGUUACAUUUGUCAUUAUUAUGACAAUAAGACAGAGUUUAGCAAUCCUGAUUUCAUGUUUAGUCUAUCAUCAUCCAAUCACAAGUUUAGGGAUUUUUGGAAUAAUCAUUGUUUUCUUCUCUGUUUUUCUUCGUAUUUAUUGCAAGAGUCGAUUACGAUUUAUCAAAAAGCAAAAAGCAGAAGUGAGUAGUCUAAGAUGUUAAAUUAUAAAUUUUAUUUUUAUUUAUAAUUUUAUUUAUUUGAAAUUGUUUUCUAUUUGUCUUCCUUAUCACGAGGGUUUUCUUUAUAGUAUAUAAUAGAAAUGAUUUUAGAAAGCUUAAAAAAGUUUUAUGAUUUUUUUCCAAUAGCAUUUUUUUAAUUAAAAGAAAAAUUUUUAAAUAUUUUAAUAUUUGAAAAAAACUUGAACCUUUUUUUAAUAUCUACUUUACAGAAUUAUUUUUUUUUACUUCACAAGGGCAUUAAUAUUUUUAUUUGUUACUAAAACUACUUUUUACAAUUAAAAAAUUAUAAAAUUUCAAAAUGGUUUAUUUUUUAAUUAUAUAUGAAAAUUUGCGAUUUUAAUUACUUUUUUGUUGCGUUUAUUAAAUAUAAGUACAAAAUAGUAUAAAAAUACAAUUA